UGAAGAACACUACGGGACCUAUGUUCUGAAGAACGACGAAAUGAAGCGAAAGGAGCGCGUCAAAAUCGAUGAGACCAGCGAGAAGGCAUUUGAGCUUUACAAAAGAACAAUGGAUUCAAAAAUCGAAUCCCAGCGAAGAUCUCUUGAAGAAUCAUUUUUAAAAAGAUGUCACUCAAACUCGAAAAACAAAGCUAUUGCAGCUUACAACAAGGAAAACCAAUACGCCAGAAACGACCCUUUGUUUGAAACUGCGGCUGACGCUAAGAAAAUCCUUGAAAUGAACAUUCAAGAACACUACGGGAUCUGUGUUCUGAAGAACAACGAAAUGAAGGAGGACGAGACUAAAUGGAUGAGCACACGUGUGUUGCUCGCAACUGCAAUUGCAGCUGCGUUGGAAAAGCUGCUCGCAUCAGGAGUGAGCCUCCCGCCCGGGGUCGGACCAGCCCUUAUAAUUGUAGCUGCGCUCCUUCCCAUUGUAGAUAGAG